CAAGCCGUCCCCAAACUUUUGCCUACUUACUUUCGGUUUACUCACCUCUGCCGCACGUCUGCUGCCCCACGAACGUCGCGAGCCAUGUUCAGAUCCUCAGUGCUUUUUAACAAGCCUCUCUCGCGCGCGCUCGCAACGCAUGCCAGCCCAGCAUCCGCCGUAUCUCGGAGAUCGUGGACCAGGCAGGAGAUCCAAGACGUCUACGACUCUCCACUGCUUGACCUCGUCUUUCGAUCCGCUGCCGUCCACCGCCAGAGCCAUGAUCCGACGAAGAUCCAGCUCUGUACUCUCAUGAAUAUCAAGACUGGUGGAUGCUCUGAAGACUGCUCGUACUGCUCUCAAUCGUCGCGCUAUUCGACCCCGACAAAGGCUUCGAAGCUGGUAGAUAUUGAGCCCGUGUUGGAGGCAGCGCGCAAGGCGAAGGAGAAUGGCAGCACACGUUUCUGUAUGGGUGCUGCAUGGAGGGACCUCGCUGGCCGCAAGCGCGGAUUCGAACGCAUACUGGAUAUGGUUCGCGAGGUGCGAGGGAUGGGGAUGGAGGUCUGCACCACGCUUGGCAUGCUCUCUCCGGAGCAAGCGAAGCAGCUGAAAGAAGCCGGCCUCACUGCGUACAACCACAACCUUGAUACGUCGCGAGAAUUCUAUCCCGAGGUCAUUACGACUCGCAGCUACGAUGAGCGAUUGGACACUAUCUCCGCUGUUCGGGACGCGGGCAUAAGUGUUUGUUCCGGAGGCAUUCUUGGAUUGGGAGAAUCGGACAAAGACCGAGUGGGAUUAAUCUGGGAAGUCUCCAACAUGCCGGAGCACCCGGAGUCAUUCCCUGUCAACGCGUUGGUCCCUAUCGCCGGAACUCCUCUGGAGAAUAACGAGCCUGUCAAAUAUCACGUCCUUCUCCGGACCAUUGCCACAGCACGAAUUGUGCUUCCUACCACGAUCAUCCGCCUUGCUGCUGGCAGGAACACCCUGGCUGAAUCCGAGCAGGCGAUGUGCUUCAUGGCAGGAGCAAAUGCGGUGUUCACCGGAGAGCAGAUGCUGACGACACCUUGCUCGCCUUGGGAUGAAGACAAGGCGAUGAUGUCUCGCUGGGGUCUCGACGGCAUGCGCAGCUUCGAGCAGGCCAGUGUUGCCCGCAAAGAAGUGAUCAAGCCGGUUCAGGCCAGCAGCGCCAGCGCCGACGCCGUAGCCUCGCUCUAGAUUAUCGAUAAGAUGGAUUAUGUAUUUGUACCUGUGGCUGUACAGUAGAGUGGGCCACAACACUUCACUUUGAACCCAAGAUCCAUGAGUGCAAUUCGGCCCCCCAGUCCCGGGUCCGCGAAACGACGCGUCAAUGAUACCCAGGACCUCAUUUUGCCCAUGAGCGAUCGGAACGCCUGGUUUUACCCAUCGUAUGGCUGCGACUCAAGCGACGACGACAACGUUCAUUACUCUAACUGGGGAGCCAAGGCCAAAAAGAGAGGUCGUUGGGUGCGCCCGGGGAAGUUGUCGGCUUGGGGUCCCGAUUUCGGUGAAUGGGAGGAAGAAGACCGCGCCAGAAAGCGCCUGAGGAUGCUCGUUCCUCAGGAGCGACGGUCCCCAUCUCCCCCAGCUCUCCCUCACCUUUCCAACCCCUCAUCCGCGCCCAUACGUUCUCCGUAUCCGCCAGCCAUGACACACCACCUCACAUACACGUCGUUCGUCAUGGACAAAGCCGUGACGCAUACCUUCCGCUCCAAGCUGGUGGAUGAACUCGAGAAUGCCACGAACGGACUGAUCGAGGGCGAAGCCGCCAUGCGCCAGGCUCUCGGCCGGCUGUGGCAGGCCAUGAACGACGAGGCGAGCAAUCCUCCGGUGUCUACUAAACAGGAGGAUGACGAGGACGUUGAUGUUGAUGAUAUGGACGAUGUCGCGAAACGAGUGGCGCGCGCGCCUGACCUCACCCUUCCGGCGCAGAAGCUGUUCAAGGACACAUGGGCGCCCAGUAACGACGGCUCUCCGCCGGUACGUGAGUACUCUCAGUUCGCAUCGCCUGCGACACAACUAGAGGGCUUUGAGAAAGCCAUCGCGACGCUGCGAGAGCUGCACGACGAUGGACGGGAGUAUACCGAGAGACUGGAAGAUAUCAGGGAAAGUCUAGGAGAUGUGCGUGCUCAGAGAGAUGUCGUUUGGACUUUUGUUCGAGAAAAAGCCGUGGAAGAACUCAGAGAGGUCGCUUCUUCCGCUUAUGUUGCUUAGCUAGUUUCCAAUGUAAUAGUCUAUGUAAUGAACAGAUGCAGUACCUCUAAUUUUGACAGCGUACUCUUCCCGCAGAGAUCAGUCUGUAUGUACCGCAUCGUCUUGAACGGAUCGAAAACUAUCGAAAAGCUUGUGCGUUCUUCAAUGAUGGGGCACCAUAACAGUCUCCGUCGCGAAGCGAGACCUGGACCAGAAAUCGAGACCGUGUAGUAUGCAACAGGUCAUCGGGGCUGACGAAGAUCAUUGCGAGGUUUUUAUCUGUGUCACAUGAGCAUAGGCGGCAGAUAAGUGUGGCUCUGUGCCUUACUUGGAGUCCAUGAAUGUCAGCUAUCUCCUCCUUGAUGGUCCGUGUUACUAGCUGGUGUUGCUUGACCGUGGGCAUCCCCCGGAACGAGUCACUGGCAAUCACAAUGGCAAAGAAUGUCCCGCAUCCUCCAGAGACGUCUUCAAUCUGUAGUUGAGACGGAGAAAACCUGGGUCCAUUCAGCCGCGAGACAUACAAAUCAGAGAGGACUGCGCUUGUUCACUUUUCAGUCAGCUUGGCGCGGAUGACAUCUUCUGUAGAGACUGGAGAAGCGGGCGUCGAGAAGACCCGGACACGGCAUAAUGAGGUCGCGAAUAAUCGACGCGUCGAAAGCGCAAGCAUUAUGACCGCAAAAGCAGAGCUGAAGUGGGUAGUCGGGAAUUGGUCAUCGGCCGCCGAACUACUGAGAAAGGCAGCUGUAAGGCCGAGCAACCGGCCGCCAAGAAAGCGCGUAAUUAUAGAUGACUACACGAGACUAGAAUUGUCGUGACUGAGCACUCGAUCCUACCCGACUUUUUCCAGUCUCUCGUCUCUCCCGACAUGCUGCUGGGUGCCCUCAAGAGAGCCACUCAAUCCAGGAGCCUCUCAGCGUGCUCUCGUGCCCCACAAACUGCGUUCUGCUCUCCAUUUCGGUCUGCCUCCUUCACUGCGGCGUCGCGCCCAUGCAUCUCUGCGCGCUUCGCACCAACUAAAACGGGGAUCUCUCGUCUCCCCGUGCGUCGAUGGGUGACUCUCGAUGCGUCCAAGCACACAUCAAAACUCACUGCCGACGACGGUAUUCCACGGACCGUUCCAGGGCAGAAAACAUCUACCGUAACAGACGCGACAAUCGACGCGGCGACCCCGGGCACUGCACCCCCACCACCUGUCUCCGUGGGCAUAUGGCUCAUGGUCUCGUCCGUACUCGUGUUGGCCGUCGUCGUCGUUGGAGGUGUCACUCGUUUGACUGAAUCUGGGUUGAGUAUCACGGAAUGGAAACCCAUCACAGGUGUUGUUCCUCCCAUGACGCAGGAAGCGUGGGAGGAGGAAUUCACCAAGUACAAGGCCACACCGGAGUUCAAGAUGUUGAACCACUCCAUCUCUCUCGAAGACUUCAAGCGCAUCUUCUACAUGGAAUGGGGACAUCGUGUUCUCGGGCGCCUUAUAGGCCUCGUUUUUGUGGGACCGCUUAUCUAUUUCAAGGCCACGAAGAAGAUCUCUACUCCGCUAGCCCUCAAACUCGGUGGCCUCGGCCUGCUCAUCGGCGCUCAAGGCGCUCUCGGAUGGUACAUGGUCCAGUCUGGGCUCGAAGACUCCAUCAUCGAAAACGGUGCUGUUCCUCGUGUCUCCCAUUACCGACUCGCUGCGCACCUCUCGAUGGCUUUCGCACUGUACAUCGGCAUGUUUUCGACUGGCAUGGCCAUCAUCAAAGACACCAAGUUCGUCAAAAAUGGGAUGGCCGGGGGCCUUUCUCUGACCUCGUUUACCGAGGCAAUGAAGCAUCCCAUCACGAAGCGUUUCAAGACGCUUUCGUGGGCUAUGACAGGACUGGUACUGUUGACUGUGCUCUCAGGGGUCUUUGUGGCGGGAUUGGAUGCCGGUCUGGUUUAUAACGAAUGGCCUCUGAUGGGAGGCCGACUGGUCCCACCAACGGAUGAGCUCUUCUCGCCGCAUUAUGCCAAGAACGCCGACAAGUCUGACUUAUGGUGGAACGUGCUCGAAAACCCCACCACAGUUCAAUUCAACCACCGAAUGCUCGCUACGACCACCUACACCGGGAUCGCCCUGCUUUUUGCUCAAACCUUCCGCCCAGCCUGGAAACAGAUCGUGCCGCCUCUCGCUAUUACCGGAGUCAGAGCCGCCUUCGCAAUGGCAAACAUCCAGGUUUUGCUCGGUAUCACCACUCUCAUUCAUCUGGUGCCGGUGCCGCUCGCUGCAGCACAUCAAGCCGGGAGCCUGUUGCUCCUGACGGCCAUGCUGCAGCUGCUCAUUGCCCUCCGACGCCCCGGUGCUGCAGCCCAAGCCUGGAGGAAUCUUAAAACGGCCCAGAAAGCACAACGGCCAUAA